AUGGUUGUCACUCUGCAAGAGGAAGAGUUGUCCCUGGCCAAGGAGUGGGCCGAUGCGUGUCGCGCCCAGUCCGGCCUCUUCUCACAGCUCUCGGGUGACCCCGUAGAUCCAAUGCACUGGUUGUCGAGGGGUGUGUGCUACCUGAGAAACCAGUGCGACCAGAAGCGGCCGGGAUGGGGCAAGUUCCUGGGUGAUCACGGUCUCGCUCGAGGCCAGCAGACGGAACAGCGCGUGGGCGUGAUCACUCGCCCUGAGUUUGAGCUUCUGCACAUCGGGAUCUACCCUUACAACGCGCCACGGGAGCACCAAGCCGCAGCAGACUCAUUCGCCAAACUGCUCAAUGCCGAGGGCGGCAGCGCACUCGCGGGGAGCGCGUGCACGCAUGUGGUCCUGGCUUCCGGCCUUCCCAAGAAAUCCAAGCCCAAGACUGUGGGUCCGCGGACGGGCAACCCCGACUCCCAAGACGACGAAGACGACGACGAUCUCGAUGACGACACUCAGGACACAAGGGGUCUACUCUCGGCCGCGCUGACGCUCGCAAGCAAGGCCGCGGCGGCGCCAGACCCCGCAGAAUAG